AAUACCAGGAAGUUCCAACGCAGUCCGCUUGUUCUAAACGUUGUGUUGGAGCUCAGAAACCCUUCGUGGGCUUUUUUUCCCUUCAUAAACAAACAGAAACACGUGUUUGAUUUGGUGGUUUUAUGUGAAACGCAGCAGCUUCUACUUGUAUCAUCUGUUUGCUUUUAAAUCCGCCAUUAUCGUUUGUGCUAGCUAACGAGCCCGCUAACAGCUAGCACAGGUUGUUAUGGUUGUUCAUGUGGACAUUAACGUCACGUCGACUCGAUCUGAUUGACUUCACAGAGAACAUAAUGACUGUGGAUCCUGGGCAGUGUGCCAGCUGUUAGCUGUUCACCAGUGUUUGGUUUCCCCCCAGUAGUGGACGACUGGUGAGCUGAAGCAGCUCCUCUGUGAAGAGGACCGAUGCGGGGGAUGAUGGGCACACAGAGUAGUCCGGUCAAGAGUUACGAUUACCUCCUGAAAUUUCUCUUGGUGGGAGACAGCGAUGUUGGAAAAGGAGAGAUCUUGGAUAGUUUGCAGGACGGGUCAGUGGAGUCUCCCUAUGCCUACAGCAGCGGGAUUGAUUACAAGACCACCACCAUUCUGCUGGAUGGGAGAAGAGUGAAGCUAGAGUUAUGGGACACAUCGGGGCAAGGCAGAUUCUGCACCAUUUUCAGGUCUUACUCUCGUGGAGCACAGGGCAUCCUGCUUGUGUAUGACAUCACUAACGGCUGGUCGUUUGAUGGCAUUGACCGCUGGAUACGGGAAAUUGACGAGCAUGCACCAGGUGUACCAAGGAUCCUGGUGGGUAAUCGUCUUCACCUGGCAUUCAAGCGGCAGGUACCGACGGAGCAGGCAAGGGCCUAUGCAGAAAAGAACAGCAUGACUUUCUUUGAGGUCAGUCCGCUGUGCAACUUCAACGUUAUCGAAUCUUUCACAGAACUUUCACGCAUUGUGCUGAUGAGGCACGGUAUGGAGAAAUUCUGGAGGCCCAACAGAGUCUUCAGCCUCCAAGAUCUGUGCUGCCGUUCCAUCGUCUCCUGCACACCGGUGCACCUCAUUGACAAACUGCCCCUCCCUGUGGCCAUCAAGUCCCACCUCAAGUCUUUCUCCAUGGCCAACGGCAUGAACGCGGUCAUGAUGCAUGGACGCUCCUAUUCAGUGGCCAACGGUGCAGCCUCAGGUGGCAGCAGUGGUGGAAGCAAAGCCAACAGUCUGAAACGCUCAAAGUCAUUCAGGCCUCCACAGAGUCCUCCAAAGAACUCGUCGUCAGCCUCCAAGGGUAACUGUAAGAUUUCAUAGUGAAGGAGUGACUAAUGGUUGCCUCCAUAGGGGCCAGUAUUAAAGGUGUUGCUCCAAGAGGUCACAAGGCCAUGGAGGAGCACGGAGAGCCACCAGCAGUCUUCACCAGAAACGGAUAUAGCUGUGAACUCACAUUGACCUUUGGGAACUGCCUUGGAUGGUCAGAUUGGUUCCUGCUCUCUUUGUGCUUUGCUGGUGCCCUCUUGUGGACGCCUGUAUACCCGUUCUCUUAACUACAGGGGCUCACCAUCAAGAAGAACAAGAUCUCCCUGGGACUAACAGAUGUGAAUCAAGGAUUGUUGCUCACCUGUUAACACUAAAAAUGAGUGGGGGGGGGGGCAUUAUCAAGCUUUUAUUUGGGAAAGAAUUGUUUAUUGUAUUUAAAGUUGUAAAUAUGCUGUGUGUGCUAGUUGUUCUGGUCAGUGUUUGGUGAUUGAACUCGGAAAGGAGUUUCUUAUGCUUGUUUUGUCUUGAAUGUUUUUGGACACCUGCGUUGGUGUACCACUUAUUUGUGUCUUAUGCUCUUGUCUACCUUGGAAAAUUCCUGUUGCAACCUCAACGGUUUUCAGCUACUUAUUUAUAACUCAGAUUCUUUUUUUUAAAUAAGAUAUGAAUUGAAUGUCAUGAGAAGAGCAGGACUAGUAAUGGAUUUUAGAAAAAUUACACACCCAUUCUUAGCCUAGUGCUAAGUGAAACUGUCCAGUGAAGUCGGGUUACGUUUUCUUGCUUGGAAGACUUCCUGAGGUCUCUCUUAAUUUUAGUCCAAAUGAAUUCUCCCUCCAUCUCCAUCAGUUUUUGGUUUGAACAUCUGUGGACUUUCUCAGGCCAUUUUUGCCUCUAAAUCUAAUCUAGUUUAAACCACCACCAGCAGGACCAUCUAUCAAUCUAUUAACCCUCGGGGCUAUUCAGAGAUUGCUUGGGAGCUGAAGGGGAAACCUUGUUAUUCAGAUGUGCAGAUUGUUUGCUCAGUCACGGGGGUGAUGCCUUCAAAAGGUGCUGCAAUUGUGUCUUGGGUCCUUAACAGAAAGCUGUAAACUCACGAGACAUUGGUGAGAGGAAUAUUUUUAAUUUGAUUGAUUUUUUUGGGAUCUUUUAUGUAUACGCAAUGUAUUUAUGAAUGUAAAACAAGAAUGAUCUGCUACUUUGCUGUGGCCUUGUGGUAAUAUGUGGGACUGUGAGAAUCAGAGGUGGAAGGUUACAGUGUAAGUCGGCUUUUGUGAUUCUGUGUAAAUUCAUUCUUACUUUCUGUGAUUCAUUUGUGUACAUUAGGAGGGGUUUGGAUGGUUAUUUAUGGUAGAGAAGAAUAUAACGUCUAACUAAUAAUACUGUCUCCUUUAAUAAUCUAAAGAAAUAUUUUUAAUCUGAUAUAAACUCUCUGUUUUCUUUCCACCUCUGAUUGACGUGCUGUAUCUCCACUUCAACAUUCCCAGUGUCAUGGCUGUAUAUAUGUCUGGUAUGGGGCAUAAACAAUGGUGCAUGUUUUCUACCAGCGCCUGUUUUAUAUGUGGUGUAUUGAGACCAAUACACCGGGCUAACAGAACAUUUUAAAGCACUAUAUGUAAACGUUUGAUAAUAAUUGUUGCUUUCAAUGCUGUGUUUCUAAAGGUUUGGAUACGGGAUUAAUUCAAAUUGUGUCCACUGAAACAGUCAGCCAACAAAAUAAAGGGUAAA